AAAUCAGAGUGUCGGGGUCUGCUAAGGCGCACAGGGCAAGAGUUCACCGGGAAACUUUUUUUGAAACGUUGGAGCCUCACUUCAGAAAGUUAGAAGGGAAAAAAAGGAGUCAAAUGAGAGGCGCAAAGGGAGUCGCUGUUCCUAUCGCAGCGUCCGCCUUCUCGCCCUCGGAUGGCAGCAGUUAGGACAGCGGUGGACUUCAGCCGGUGGCUGGUCUAACUUGACUGAUCGCGGGGCAGAUGUCCUUAUAAAGCGCACAGGUUUGGUGCUUGACAACGCGAGUGGGCCUUAACAUGAUGCCUACUGGAACUGAUAGCUGACACUGUAGAAUGAGAGAGGAUGGAACAGACAGACAACCCUGUCCCUGACAGCAGUAACCCUAAUGGGUUUGUCAACCGAGUGUUUAAUGUUUCUCUGGACGUGGAGAAUGAGAGCGGCAGUGUUUAUAUUCAGGAGGCUGGGCCAGGAAAUGUGGACAAGCAAGGAGAGAUCCAGGCCGCCUCUUCUCAGAUCCUUGUCAAGGACAGACAGGAGGUCAGUCGGAGACCCCGUGCCACAGGGGGCAUCUGGAAGAUCUUGAACAGGAAGAGAGCUGUCUCAGAACUGGAGAGGAGACCCCACUCCAUGAUCCUACCUGGGGAGACUUCCAUCCCUAAACUCUCAUUUGCUGAUAAAGUUCGGUCUUUUAAGAAGCUAAAAUCCCCUGCAGUGUUCAGAGGAAAGACGGGAAAACUGUCCACAGCCAAGUUCACCAGCUCACUGGUGGAUGAGGAGUUGUUCUGUCGGGACAUUGGUACUCCUCAGCAGACCAGCAGGGGGACGCUAAGACACAGAGGCAAGAGGCAUUCUUAUGCUGGCUAUACAGCAGAGUUUGAGUGUUCGCUGGAGGAAAUAGACCUAUCUUCUCCAACGGAUGGCGCUCUGCCCGCUGUAGUCGGAGAAGCUGUUCCGCAGAACGGUUGUAAACCCUCAGAAAAAGUUUUGUACUCUAAGAGAAGCAACAACACGUCAUCCAACUGUAAUAAAGUGACUGUAGGAUGUGACGAGGCUAGCAUGAAGAGUAGCCAAAGAAACCCUCCCAAUGGAGGAAAACGGCACAAAGAUAUGUGGAGUUACCUGAGGAGGAUUUCCCUCUUGGGGAAGGCCAAUCCCGUCUACUCUGAGAGGAGCUUUGACUCAGAACUUCCCUCAUUGGACAAAACAAUGGACUCAGACUAUGGUUCUGUAGACUUUGAGAGUGUUAGAGACUUUCAGCCGCCGCCCCCAAAGCACACAGACACCAAGGGACACUUUGGGGGUCUGUUCAAAUUUUUCAACAGCGUUGCGGAAUCUGCCAGAAAAUGGCGGACGACAUCUCGCUCUUUCUCACCUCCAGAGGGGGAAAAAACUCCUAUGAGCUCCCCGCAAACUCUGCAACGCACAGUGGACAACGUUCCCCAAGUGUUGCUGACACUUCAAAAUGAAGGAGCUCCAAAAUCCAAGCCUACCCCGUCCCCAGAACUUACCGCUAAUUCCUCGCACUCCAGUAACUUAAACAGUGAACUUUCGUCGAGCACACGAUCUCCCGAAGUUGUCUUAAGAGCCUUUAGGCCUUGUUCUGGAUCCCAAGCUUCUAACGGCCUUCAGAGUUUUGAUGUGGAAGUCAAUUAUAUGAACCCAGAGUCAAACCAAAAGUUUACAGCUAUUGUAGAGAAUCACAUUCCUCGAUUGAGCUCAGAAACAGUGACGGGAAAAGACGUGGAGGUUAGAAGUAAUCAAUUGAACGGUCUCUGUCAAGAGGAAAAGGUAGAAGGACAAACAGGAAAUGAGCAGAAUUCCAAGGAUGCUCCACUUGACUCCCACCAGAUACAGGAAGUGAAUGUCCAAUCCCAAGAAGGUGAUAAAAAGAGCACAACCAAUAGCAUACGGCCAUCAAAUUCUACAGAAGAAAUAUUUAAGCUGUGUGAGCAGAUUGCCAACCAGACAGGCAGCAGUGUAAGACAGCUGGGUCCAACCGUGCCCCACUCUAGCACAGAGAAGGCCUCUGUACCCCACAAGCGACCAAGGCCCCGUCCUCGCCCGGCCUCAGCUGUACUGGACCAGAGGAGGCCCUUUCCAGAGCUCUUCACCCAUUAUAGUGAGGUCGGCUCACUGUCCAGGCUGAGACGCAAGCCUGCUCCCACCAUGCAACUCUUUCCAGGGCUGAGACGGAUGGCUGCACGCUCCAGGCCCUGUUCCGUCAUAGAGAGCAGUGUUACUAGAGAGCCACAGUCCACGGAGCUGCACCAAAGAGCCCUGUCUCGCCCUCCGGGUGUGUCGCCACUCGAGCCCCCACACAGAGCAUCUCUGCAGCGGUGUCGGUCCCUGCCUCUUCCACCCAGCACCCUAACUGCUUUGGCUCUACUCUUGCCCCAGUCAGUACAAAUGGGUCAAACGUCAUCAUCAGUGCGUUUAAGGUCCGGAGGCUCCGGGAGCUGCAGGAGGAGGAGGCUGUUGAGGCCUGGAUCUGAACCGCUGCAAGUCAACAUUUUGAUAAGUGGAGGAUCAGUUGUCAACGCUGAGGCAGUAUGGGACCAUGUGACCAUGGCGGAUCGGGAGUUGGCGUUUAAAGCGGGGGACGUCAUUAAGGUGCUGGACGCCUCCAACAAGGACUGGUGGUGGGGCCAAAUAGAUGAGGAGGAGGGAUGGUUCCCCGCCAGCUUUGUACGGGUGGAACCCCACCCUCCUCAGCCCCAAACAAAACAGGUUUUCUAUAUCAACCCUAUAGCAACUCCAAGGUUCCAAAACACAGCAUCAAAGCUGUGGGUGAAUCAAGAGGACGGGGGAGUGGAGCCGGCCGAGGGAACCAGCGAGGUGCAGAACGGGCACCUGGACCCAACGAAUGACUGCUUGUGUCUGGGCUCACCCCUCCAAAACCGGGACCAGAUGAGAGCCAACGUCAUCAAUGAGAUCAUGAGCACAGAGAGACACUACAUCAAACACCUCAAGGACAUCUGUGAGGGCUACUUGCGGCAGUGCAGGAAGCGUGUUGACAUGUUCAACGAUGACCAGCUAAAGGUCAUUUUUGGGAACAUCGAGGACAUCUACCGCUUCCAGAUGGGUUUUGUUAGGGAUCUGGAGAAACAGUACAACACAGAGGAACCGCACUUGUCUGAAAUCGGCCCUUGCUUUUUAGAACACCAAGACGGUUUCUGGAUCUAUUCAGAGUAUUGCAACAACCACCUGGAUGCAUGUAUGGAGUUGAGCAAGCUGAUGAGGGAUGGCAGGUACCAGCACUUCUUUGAAGCUUGUCGCCUCCUCCAGCAAAUGAUUGACAUCGCCAUAGACGGCUUCUUGCUCACCCCCGUCCAGAAAAUCUGCAAAUAUCCCCUCCAGUUGGCGGAGCUCCUUAAAUACACAGCCCAGGAGCACAGCGACUAUCGAUACGUGGCAGCAGCCCUGGCUGUCAUGCGGAACGUCACUCAACAGAUCAAUGAGAGGAAGAGGAGACUGGAAAACAUUGAUAAGAUCGCUCAGUGGCAAGCCUCAGUGCUCGACUGGGAGGGAGACGAUAUCUUAGACAGGAGCUCGGAGCUUAUCUACACUGGGGAGUUGUCAUGGAUCUAUCAGCCGUAUGGACGCAGCCAGCAGCGAGUCUUUUUCCUCUUUGAUCACCAGCUGGUUCUCUGUAAGAAGGAUCUGAUCCGCAGAGACAUCCUGUACUACAAAGGCCGCAUCGACAUGGAUCGCUACGAGGUCCGGGACGCCAUCGAUGGGCGCGAUGAUGACUUCAAUGUUAGUGUGAAGAAUGCUUUUAAAUUGUACAACAAAGACAGCGAAGAGAUCCACAUAUUUCUGGCCAAAAAGCCGGAGGAAAAGAUCCGCUGGCUCAGGGCAUUCCACGAGGAGAGGAAGAUGGUCCAGGAGGAUGAGAAAAUCGGUUUUGAGAUCUCUGAGUACCAGAAGCGACAGGCAGCCAUGACGGUGAGGAAGGUGACCAAACAGAAAGAUUCAUUUAUAGAUUUCAUCUUGAGAAAGAGGGCCAUGUUGUAUGGACAUGGUUUGAAAAUGAUAAAGGUGUAAACAGAUGUACGCCCCCCUCAUACCCGCCCCCCCAGGAUCCUCUCAGUGCGGGGCAGUAUGAGGUAAUGGAGGACAUGGCACAAGGCGAAGUUUUUGAAUUCAGUCAAUCCAAAAGAGGCCAGGCUCCUUUCUGGCAGAAUUUUAGUAGAUUAGCUCCAUUUAAGAAAUAGAGAAACACAGACUCUUCUGAAGGACCAGCUAUUUUUCUUAGAAGCACUAAACACUGGAUUGCUAUGUUCCAUGGUGAAGAAGAUACAAAAAGAAAAAACACAUCCACAAAAGACUCUGAAGUUAAGGACCAAUGCGAUUAGAAGGUUUUACUGGAAGCACCAAGUGGACCUAAAAGGAUUCAGACAAACUAAACACUUUUACAGCUCAUGUAUGUUAGUAAUGUUCUUAGUUGUCAUCCUUCUUCAGCUCAAUCAUGAACGUUUUUCCCUUGGAUUCUGCAUCUUCACACCAUCUGAAUGUCCUGCAGUUAUGUAGAUUGUUAUUUAAUUUUGCUUUUAAAAUCUGGAGAGAGACCGCAGACCAAGCCAGGUCCCUCCUGGCUGCGUGACUGUUGCUGAGACUUUGCUGCGCUGCUAUGUUAGAAUGCUUGUUCUGUUCCUCUGAAUGUGGGAUGCAGCGACCUCAGCAGCCUGGACGGGACAAGCCCCACUGUUAGUUUCACCUUUAAGUUGGAUCACUUUGACAAAUGAUCAUCGACGGGUCAUCUCAUCAAACUCCACUGAUGUCUGAAUCAGGAUCUCCUUGCUCUCAGUCCUCCUUUGUCAAACAGAUUAUCCCACUUUUUACCUAUUCCCGCUUCCUUCUCUCCAUCCUUCUGCACACAACUGCUGUUUCUUUUUUUUAAUCCGUGGAGGAAGUUUCUUUUUGACGAACCUGCCAUGGCAUGAUGGGUCAGGGAACAAAUCAAUAGUUGGAACAUCGAUAGGGUAUUUACAUUUUAUCACCAACCACUUGUGACAGGGUAUUCGCUCACACUGAGGCUCAGUGUGCUGUGUCCAACAGAGAGCUUGCUUGGAGGAAGCGGCUGGGAGCAGGAGAGGGGCAGGUUUUGGUACACCUGUCUUAUGCCCCAGCCCCUUCUCCCAUUCUCCCUGGAGACCACUCCUGUAGCACUUUGCUGGCAGCUCGCUGGGUGUUUGGAAAGAGCACAGCCUACCUCUGGGAAUGAGCACUAAAAGUCAAGUUGACGCAUCAGCCAAGGUUUAAAAAUUCUCUUUGGAAAAAAAAUAAAAUAAAAAAAACUUCUUCAGUUAAUAAUUUUGUAGUGUUGACACUAUAAAUUCAGUUCUCAUUUGAUCGGAGCCUGGGCCAUUCAAACUUGUGGUGCUAAGACGUGAUAAUUGAAGCCUCUAAAAGCAAAGCGUUUGAUAAAUGAUCAAAAAUAAGGUUAAAUUCAGGUGUUUUGAGUUAGAACUGAGAAUGAGUCCAAAACAGCAGUUAUCUGAGGAGGUGGAGAAGUGAACGCAUAUCCUCUGACAGACUUGUGCACCUCUAAAAUCUUUGGGUUUAGACCCUAGCUUCCUCCCUGUCACUUUGUUUUUUUUUUCCCAAUCUGAUUCGUACUUGGACAGUUAGCUCCAGCACCGUUAAGUGGUUUCCGGAAAACUGUGGCCUGAUCAGAUUGAUUUGUUUAAUCACCAAAGUCCCCGAGGCUGCUCUGUGACAAGAGUCUGCCAUAGAUACAGUCCUUCUGCCGAAGCGACCGAGGAGGAUCUACCACUGUACACUCAUGAAAGUGUAGUUCUUUUCUACUUGGAAUGUGAGUGAGACAUCUGUCCGUGCUUCAUGAUCAUGCCUCAGAUGUACCUUUUGUGUUUGGAUUAUACCACCUGAUGGACAGAACAAAUACAGUAUGACAACUUGUGCAAUGUGAUAUAUCAUUAUAUAUCCUCACUAUUCACUACGGCGUGACAUGAAAGAGUUAUAUAUUGUUCUGUGUCAUUUGUUUGCCUUCUUAUAGGCCUUAUAACCUAUUGGAACAAAGAUCCUUAGAACUGCUUUGUAUGUUGUGUAAUUUAUGUUUUGUUUCAGUAAAAAAAAGUUGAGAAAAGGGCGAUUUGGCUGCUGGUGUCUGUAGAGAUGGCUCCCGCUGAGAUUGUUUUGGAAGAUAAUUCUGUUGCCUGGCACAGCAAAAAGACACGGUUCCCAGGCCAUGAUAACCUCAGGUCCCGUGCCCCGCCCUAAUCCAUCCCCACCACCACCCAUACCACCGGUACCAAGCAUACUGGAAAACACACACACACACACCGACGCACAAUCCCGUGCACUUGUUGGCCCGUUCUGCUGCGGAGAAGAGAGAUGCUAUCUAACAGUGCCUUCCAGCAUUCCACUAGUGAUUAUCUAUUCAGUUUCACAGGCAGAUUUGAAUUAGUCAUGUAUUUUCCCUUCAGUGCAUUUCUUCCUUUCUCUCUGCUCUCACACACGCAGGGAAUUCCUUUUUCCCAGCACUCCAGAUCCACUCGGACAGAAACUCAGCGCAGACUUUUUUUUUCCCUGUGCGAGUACAUACCGAAAAACUCGGAACCCCCUGCAUUGUACUCCGUCAUGCUUACAUAGCUGCAAGCUUAGCUGCAUCGAAAGACUCUCACUCUAAUUUCCGGUGUGUUAGAAACCGCAUAGAUUUAUUGUAUCUAUUUAUCUUCCUAAAAGAUGGCUUAAUAUACGGUAGGACAUUUUUCUUUGUCAAUCAAGUUAAGUUUCACUUUUCAAAUAUAGUAUCAUAAUAAAUAGUGCGUUAUGAAUUAAAAGAAGAGUAAUCUAUUUUACCUUUGUCAGCUACACACUGUAAAUACUGUAAAAAGAACAGAUCAUAUAUUUGGAUAUUGGUAUUUUGCGUUGGAAACGAAUGUUGUUCCAGUUCUAGCGUGCGGUAGACCUCAGUACCAGGUAAAUGCAUGCUUGUGGCAUCCAAUAUUUUGCAUGAGACUUAAGGCAACACUUAACAGAUAAACUUACUUUGUUUUAUUUAUUUAUUUUUAAAUGAGUUCAUGCCAUCUCACCAAAGGGAGUUGUUUUUGUCAGUCCCCCUAUCACCUCACCUUUGUUUUUAUUUCCUGUUAGGCAAAUCAGAAGAUUAAAUCAAAAACUAAUCUCUUCAUAGCUGCUAGAGCUAAUACUAAUGUUCUCUCGCCCACAUCCCACAAACAUUUAAAAAAUAGAUUCCUUUUUUAUCAUUUUUGAAGUGACCUCAUCAACGGAGGCAAAACGGGUAUAUUUCCUCUCUGACAGUCAACCAAACAGCAGUUUCUGCUUUCACCAUGGAUGUUUGUGUAUAGAAAUGGUUAUAGUCUCCCUUAAAGACCCACUCUGAUCAUCUUUUGAGCUCAUUUAAAAGCAUUCCCACUUUUCUUUCAGUUAUAAUUAUGCUGUUUUUGACCAAAAACCUGCCUUUUUCUAAGACAAUUUCAGCAGAGUGGCAGUAAUACAUUAGAAUACACAAAUGAGCUCUUUUUCAAACCGCAUUUCUUUUCCUGUGCUCCUAACUCACAACGAUUUGAAAAAAGAAAUACUCUGAAACGCAAUUUUAAGCUUAAUUUUUUUUAACAUUUGUCCUCCAUCAGAAAAAUGUCACAAGAACAUUAAAAACACCAUUUUUAUUGGAGUAGGUCUUUAAUAUACAGCUAAUCCCGAAGACCCAGCACUUCAUCAGAAUUCAAUUCCUGCUUUUGUUUCCAAUAAUGACUUGACAUCAGCUCUAUUUAUUGGCAUCAGUAUUAUAUGGUUUCAUUUGGGCCAAAGUGUUAAUAGGGUGUAUAUAUUUUUUCUUAUGUAAUUAACAAUCUGACUUUGUACUGAGAGCUCAAAAAAAUUUUUUUGCUUUGUUUUGUUUUCCUCAGGCAUCUGAUUAAGACAGCCAAGUAAGCAGACUGUCAUCUGAAUGCAUCUGAGGAUGCUUGGAUUUCUCGAAUUCCUCUUAGUCCAGAGUUUACAUGAGCCAGUGAUCACCCAUACUCACACUUAGCACAGCAGAAUCCUGCAGCUAGGAUACAUUUAGAAGACCCCAUGUUGGAAAAAUCAAUCAUUGUAUAUUACUCAUCUUUUUUAAGUUGUUCCCCCCUCCCCGAAGAAAACCCUUUGACAUCAUAUGCAAACAUUUCUAUGUUCCUCUUUUUGUUUUUUGCCAGCCUUUUGAGUUUAUUUCUUGUAGAAAUUUAAAUCCUGAAAAGUAAUGCCUAUUCAAUCCAGAAACUGUGAAUGAGAGAGUGGAGAUGUCAACUGUUUGUACAUUAUAUGUUUUGAUGUAAUCAGAAGCACUGGGAAUAUGUUGUAUUUCGCUGUAAAAAAUGAAAAAAAAAAUCCAUAUCUGAUAUAGCUGUACUUUUGUUGAAAAUAAAACCUCUGCAGAAGUG